AUGCAACUCUCCAAAAUUACUUUCGCUAUUGCAUUAUAUGCAGUCGGAAUCGCAGCACUUCCCACUCCGGCCUGCCUAAAUGGCAACACUGAGGUCGCAACCAUCUCCCACGUUAAACUUGAAGCCCGCAGCGACAAGACUUAUCAUUAUUGCUCCAAAUGCGGCUUCGGCAGCGAUGAUUCCGACGCGUAUUUUAAUCACAAGUGCAAGUAA